AGAAAUAGAACAGUUGAUGAUAUUCAGAUUGCUAACUACGUGGAGCAGUACGAGAAUAAAAAGAAGAAACUUCUGAGUUGGAACAUCAUCAUGAAGUUGUAUUUCCUACCUUCUAUAGCACUAUGGGCUGUUUUUGGUAAUGGCGAUCAGGACUUGAGCUCCGAGCAUCCUAUUCCGUGUAACAAUUUCUACGAGUAUAUUUGCCAUAAGAAUAUCACACGUGUUCCUUCCCGACUUCGAGAUGUUAGAGCAAUGGAGGUAUCCGAUGAUAUCGAUCAAUAUCAAGAAUAUGUUUUUCAUGCCUCAAACAAGCAACGUCUUUGGCAAUCUGUAAAUCCAGAUAUUGUUUCAAAAUGGUUGGUACAAUUCAACACUUAUUGGAAAGGAGUAAACUGGAAUGAACACCAAAAGAAGCACGAGAGCUUUUUGAACUUAGACGCACAUGAAAAAUAUAAAAACCUUGAGAAUAGCUUUGAAGGAUACGAUUUCCAAAUUCUCACAAAAUUUUACAAAAGCUUGAAGCUAUCUGUUGAAUAUCUUACGGAACUCAAGAUCCCGAUUUCGACCCGAAAUCAUUUCUAUCAUGGUCUUUUUGAUGAAAUUCGGGACAUCCACAUAUUGAACAUUAGAACCAUGUCUAAGUUCAGCGAAGAUCGUAAAAAUGAACUGAUUGAAAAUGUGCGAAAUUUGAAGAUAAUAUUUCCGUACUUGGAGUACAAUGAUGUUAAAGUUUGGAGGGAUGCAAAAACGGCGUACGAGAAGGAAUACUACAGACUAAAAAUAAUGAUUUAUGAGCCAAAUCUUUCUCCAAUUAUUGUCGAUAAAAUCAUACGCGUUGCUGCAGUAAACCCAGCUAUGGAAAUUUUCGAAAAAUAUAUCACUAGUUUUACAUCAAGAUUUGUAUUCCAACAUAUCACUGCAGCAGCUUCCGGACUUUCGUUCAAUUAUCAAAAUGAGAUUCACAUUUCAGUGUUUACAAUGUUUAACCCAAUUGCUGAUCCAAAAUCCGUGUACGAUCAAUUUUUGUAUGUUUUAUGUCACGAACUUCAACAUGUUCACUAUAACGUGGAUCCUCCAGUAUUUGAUGAAGCCACUUGGGCAUCUGAAAAGCAGUGUGUUGUUGAUCGAAUUGAUCACUUUGCUGCUGCUUAUAAGACAAACCGUGCAAAUUGGACUGGCGCUCCAUUUUCCUACGAAGACAGUGCGAACGUAGCUGGACUGCGUCUUAUGCUUUUAUAUGUUGCUCAAAAAACAUCCGACAGCCAAGAAAUUCGUGAUACUGUGGAACGGUCAGUGGCACGGUUUUGUACAAAGAACAGAGAGAAUCUUCAUCACAAUCCACUUGAUGUUUCGAUAAAUGUAGCCGCUUCUGAAAUGCCAACAUUCAAUUCUUUAUACAACUGUAAACCUGGGGAUCGGAUGUAUGUUGCACCAGAAAAUUAUUGCAAAACUUUGAAUAUGGACAUUGACGUUGAGGAGUACAAGUCACAAAAAAUUGAAAACGACGACCUGUUUGUACUGACUCAUUUUAUGGAUGUUCUCGAAGAUACCGCCGUCGAAUUAGAUGCUGCAAACAUUACAACAUUUGAGGGAAAACUUUUUGAUAUCACUGUGGAAGAAGUCGAAGAACAAGAAGAAUCUAAAGAAGGUAGUGCAGAGAGUUCAUCAUCAUCAUCGUCGGAGAGUGAUGAAGAAUCAAGUGUUGAAAGAGAAUUGGAUGAGGUUUCUGAUGGACUUGAUGAUUCAGAAAAUGAAACUGAACUGCGAAAGUCAGAGAUUGCAUCUACUAGCAGAUCUUCAUUCAUUUGGCCUGCAACAGUUUUCACGCUACUUAUAAAAUAUAUUAAAUUUUGACACUACUGAUGUUUUUUACAAACUACCAUGACACUUUCAUAUUCACCAAUAUCAUCUGUUUUUUUCAUAUAAAUAUUCUUAUCAAUUUAAACUAAAAUGUGAUUCAUUUGGUGUUCGAAUCCCCCUCUAAAUAUAUUUUUUUCAAUCAAAUUGAGUUUGAAAAUAAACACACCCAAAUUGUU